CUGCGUGCUCCGCGUAUUAUCCCAGAAACUCCAGAGGAAAAGCUACGAGAACGUGUGAAGGAGGAAGAAACUGAGGUCGUAAAAGCCACUCCAAUGGCGAAGGUGUGCGGAAAUCCAAGGCGCCGGCAUUCGAGGCUCACUGAAUUAGUCCGUAUUAGCGAAGAACGUGCCAAAAUUCCACGUGCUGCUGCCAUAGCAUCAGCUAAAGCAUGCAGAGCAAUAAUUCAGGCAUCCCAGAGCGUAAUGCCAACGCGCGAAUCCCUCCUUGGACUACACACUCCCUCACCACGUCCUCAAAGGGCGAAAACGAACCUGCUAAGCAAAUUUGCCCACGCUGUCAAUAAGGACUCGAAACAUAAAGAAGCUGAAGAAAAGCCUAUGCGAGUGUUAAGAAGUUCAAGCAUUUCGCAUAAUACUCCGUCGAAACGAACAACGGAUUCCAAGCUCAAUUCGACAGAGCCUCCGGAGAAAAAAAAUCGACUGUCUACUUCCGCAUCAGCUCCUGCUAUUGCUCCAGCAACCCCUAAUAACCUUGGAAUAGAUGAUAUUCUUGGAAAAGAGCAGUUGUCAAGGACUAGCCUCUACGACGAAGAAGUUGUCAGUCCACCAAAUGGUAAAAUGCAACAGAAUCGCACACGACGUGUCGUCACAGCAUCGUCAGCUGCUCAUCUCGCUCACACUCUUUUAAAUGUUGACAACGACACCCCUUUGGAAGUGUGGAAGCUGCCCAGAAAUUUGCAAUCGCCGGAAAAGAUGCCUCGCAUGAUACGAACUGGGCUUAGCGCCGUGAAGAUGAAGAAAAUACAAAGAAUGCGAGAACAAAGUUCGAGCACUCCAUCAACUCCCGGUAGUCAUAGGUCCGAGCGAUCAGCUGAGACAGAAUUGCUGGCUUGA